AUGAAUGUUUUACUUCGCAAGAAAAAGGAUAGAAAAUCAGCUACGCCCAGUACCACUAGCUCGGUUAAUCCAUCAACACACGUGACAUCGACAAACGCUUCAUCCAGUACCCAGGUUGCAAGUAUAGCUUCCCUUGAAGGCGGGUCGGACUCUGAAAGCAAGAAACAUCGCAGUCACAAAGGUCAUAAUGUAUCCACUAAAUCAUCUAGUACCGUAGUAGAUAGCUCAUCAAACUCCGCAAGGGAGGGUAAGAAUACAGGUUCUGUCAAUAGGAGUCAUCAAGAGAGCAAUCAUGGGCCUGGCACCUCAUCCUCUCAAGCUUCAGUAAGAAACACAAGACCAGAACUAAAAACUGCAUCUAAAAGUUUACUGUCAAAUAUCCCUCUAUCACGGACAAAGAUUAACGCUGAGGAAAAGGAGAGGGAUAAGAAACUCGAACAAGAACAUAGAAAAUUAGGAAUGAAAAAGCACGGAACUUACACCUACGUGGAGGCAUACCAGGCGGCCGAGUUGGAGGAAUCAAGAUAUCGGCGAGAGAAAGAAUACCUGAACAUUCUAGAGAAUGAUCCACUCGCGACCGAAGAGGAAAUCAGAGAGCAAAAAAAGGAAGUGAAAUCUAAAAGGGAAAUUCGUAAUAAAGCGAACGAAACAUUCGACAAAGUCCACAAAGAUGACAAAGAAAUAGCGGACGAGCAAUUGAAGGUAUUGAGCAAAAUGGGAGAGGACAAUUCUUACAGGAUCAAGGCAGAAAAAAGAAUUAAAAAGGAAGAAGAAAAGACUCGAAAGGAGAAAAUCAAAGAGGAUAAGGAAGAGAAGAGGGCCAAGGAGGCUGCAAUUAAAGCUGAGGAGGAUGAAAAGCUGGCGAAGCAGGAAAGAAUUGCAAGUGAGAAGAAGAAGGAAGAAGAAGACGCACAGAACAGAGCUGAGCGGACAAAGUACAAGGAUAACAAGUUUGAAAGGUCACAGUAUGGCAAUAGUAGAAAGAAAGGAGAAAGAGAAAGGGAAAGGGAAAGAAUGGAAAAGUAA